UACUUACAUUUUUAAAGCUCUCAAAAUUUGAUGUGGCACAACUACACACGCCAUGAACCUAUUUGAUGACAUCUGUUACGUGUCAUGUGUUACACUAAGGCGGGCUGAUAAAACUCUUGAUCUUCGAGCUAUGUAGAGUCUAAUAUUGUUAAUAAUCAACCACUGUCUACAACUGCUUGUCCCGAGUGGGGUCGUGGCGAGCAGGACCUGUAUCCGGCAACACAGGGCUGAGCGGGGAGGGGACACAUCCAGAGCAGUCUGUCGAAAGGUACCCCAAGCAGGGCUCGAACCCCAGACCCCCCACACAGCGGGCAUCAGCCAAACCCACUGCACCCCUCCCCAUAUUAAUAUAACUUGACACAUAAGUUAGUUAAAAAAAUGCUGAACUUGAAGAGGCUGACAAAGACAUGAGAGAUGACUUUGGUACAUGAAAAAAGUUCACGUAGCAGAAAGAAAACAGUGCAAAGUGGACAAUUAAAAAGUUCAUAUAGCAGAUUAAUAUUGAAGGGUGAAUAGGUCAGAAUUAACCAGUGAACUGCAAAAAUGUGUAGUCGACAGUUAACAGUGAAGGAGCGAACAGUGAAAAUAUGCAGCCGAUAACGAACAGAGAAAAAAAGUUUAGUCAGUAGACUAGUGAACAGUGCAGGAGAGAAGAGUGAAAAUUGUGUAGUCAGUGAACAGUGAAAAUAUAUAGUCAGUAGUGAACAGUGCAAGAGAGAACAGAGAAAAAUUAAUAUGUAGUCAGUAGUGAACAGUGAAAAUUGCGGAGUAUAGCGUGAGCAGCGCCAGUGUAUCGCCCGUGAUUCGUGAACAGUAUAUAAUUCCAAGACGGCAGCGAACACCGCAGAGCCGUAACACACACAGCGACCAGGGUGCGGAGUGCAGCGAGUGAUGCCAUUGCAGCCGUAUCCCAGCAUGCUUGAAGGGACGAUGAGGAAGCUAAGAUGGCAGCGCCUCUAAGGGUGCAGCCCGCCCGGGCUCUGGAGAGGCACAGCGUACAGGCUGAAACGAACCGCCGCACGUCGAGCUUUUGAAGUCGCGUCACAGCUUCGAGCGGGUCGGAGCAACUGAGAGCAACGUUUCCGGAGGCGAUGGUGGAUCCCUCGCGCCUGACGAGGAAGCGUCCUUCGCGUUUGCGCCACUGCGCGUAGCCCGUUUUCCGCCGCCGCGCGACCUGGGGAUCUGGAUGGGAUGACUGCGCCCUUCUGCUUUUCACACUGAUCGUGUACCUGGAGACGUGUGCUGCUCUCCUUCACUGUGUCUGACACGGGCGGCCGAGACUUAGUCAGUCAGUCGGCGGACCCUUUGAGGCUUUUCUCAACGACGCGUUUGCCGCGAUAUAUGGAUUGUUACACAAACUAAGCCAUGAUGUGCGCUGCCGCUGCGGCAGCGGGAGCCUCCGGGAUCCUGUCCCCUCCCCCGGUGGGGCUGGACGUUAGGGUCGGUCCUGGAGCUGGAGCCGCGGCUGAGUUCCCGUACCUGGGCUCGGCCAUGGGUCCGUGUCCUGCUCCCGGGAUUACGGCCGAUUGCCGGAGCCGCUACCAGCUGCUGCUCUCCGGGAGAGCAUUAGCCGAGCGCUACCGCAGGAUUUACACCACGGCCAUCAACGACAAAGAGCAGGGGAUUAACCAGGGCAGGGGAAAGAAGGCUUUGAGCAAGAAGAAACUGAAAAGACGGCAAAAGGUGAAAUCAAAAGUGAAAACAAGAACAAAGCCAGAAAAUGUGGACGGGUCAUUUGCUGUGCCAGACGUCCGGCUCCACAGCAACCCCUCGGCAUUUAAUGUGUACUGCAAUGUGCGCCACUGUGUGCUGGACUGGCAGCAGCGGGAGGCCUCCCUGGCUUUGGCCUCCCGCAGCUCUCUGCAGAGUGGCGACUCGGAUAGUGAGGAGGAGGAGGAAAGCAAGGACCCUGCUGUCAAGUUACCCAAGAUCAUCGGAAUCGGCCUGUGCGGGGUGUUCGAGCUCAUCAAGGAGACACGAUUCUCACACCCGUCGCUCUGCCUGCGCAGCCUGCAAGCCCUGCUGGACAUGCUACAGGGGCAGCAGCCCGAGAGCUUCCAUACAGAACCGCCUGAUGUUCUGGAAUCUCUAUUCCACCUGCUGCUGGAGACCACUGUCCGAAGCACGGGCCUCAGCGACACCACGGGCCAGGCCUUAACGGCCCUCUCCUGCGCUUGCCUCUUCAGUCUGGUGGUCGCCUGGGGGGAUACAGGCAAGAUCCUGCAGGCCGUGUCUGCCAUCCUCACUAACAACGGCAGCCAUGCCUGCCAGACCAUCCAGGUACCGACCAUCCUCAGUGCUCUGCAGCGGAGUGUGCAAGCCGUCCUGGUGGGCAAAGUUCAGAUCCAGGACUGGUUUGGCAGCGGCAUCAAGCGGGCGGCACUAAUGAGCAAGUGGAUUUUGAGAGAUGUAUCUGUGGAUGAGGAUGAGCGCUGCCUGCUCCAGACAGAUGGAUCUUUCUUGUACUUACUCUGCAAGGAUGGCCUUUACAAAGUGGGCUCAGGCUACAGCGGCACAGUGCGGGGUCAUGUGUAUAAUUCCACGUCGCGCAUCAGGAACCGAAAGGAGCGGAGGUCAUGGCUGGGCUUUGCUCAGGGUUGCCUGCUGUACAAGGACGUGAACAGUCAUAACAUGACUGCUGUCAAAAUCAACCCCGAGACUCUGGAGUCGGAAGGAUCCAUCACCAUGCCUGGUCUGCAAGCAGAUGGCCAGAACAUUGUGUUCACUGAUGGAGAAUACAUCAAUCAGAUUGCAGCUUGUAAAGACGAUGGAUUUGUGGUAAGGAUCUACAGCACGAGCAGGGAGCCCGAGCUGCAGCAGGAACUCCAGCUGAAGCUGGCCAGGAAGUGUCUUCACGCCUGUGGGAUUUCACUCUUCGACCUGGAGAAGGAUCUCCACAUCAUCAGUACUGGGUUUGAUGAGGAGGCAGCAUUGUUGGGGGCAGGCAGGGAGUUUGCACUCAUGAAAACAGCUUCAGGGAAGAUCUACUACACUGGGAAGUACCAGAGCUUGGGGAUCAAGCAGGGGGGGCCAUCAGCAGGAAAGUGGGUGGAGCUCCCUGUUACCAAGUCGCCCAAGAUCGUGCAGUUCUCAGUGGGUCACGAUGGCUCGCACGCCCUGCUGGUGGCUGAGGAUGGCAGCGUCUUCUUCACGGGUUCAGCCAGCAAGGGGGAGGAUGGAGAGUCCACCAAGAGCAGAAGGCAGCCGAAGCCCUACAAGCCCAAGAAGAUGAUCAAGCUGGAGUCCAAGACGGCUGUGUACAGUGCCUGCAACAAUGGCAGCAGCAGCAUCGUUACCAAGGACGGCGAGCUCUACAUGUUCGGGAAGGACGCCAUCUACAGUGACAGCAGCUGCCAGGUCACGGACCUGAAGGGGCACUUUGUGACCCAGGUGGCCAUGGGGAAGGCCCACACAUGUGUCCUCACAAAGGGCGGAGAGCUGUGGACAUUUGGGGUCAACAACAAAGGGCAAUGUGGCCGUGACACGGGGGCCAUGAGCCAGGCUGGUAAAGCAUUUGGUGUGGAGAACAUGGCCACUGCCAUGGAUGAGGACCUUGAGGAGGAGCUGGAGGAACGUGAGGAGAAGCCUCUCAUGUGCCAGCCAGGCACCCACAAGUGGAGGCUGGAGCAGUGCAUGGUGUGCACCAUAUGUGGGGACUGCACGGGCUACGGAGCCAGCUGUGUUAGCAGUGGCCGUCCUGACAGAGUGCCUGGAGGGGUCUGUGGCUGCGGCUCGGGCGAGUCAGGCUGCGCUGCCUGCGGUUGCUGCAAGGCCUGCGCACGUGAACUUGACGGCCAAGAGGCACGGCAACGUGGUAUCUUUGACGCUGUGAAGGAGAUGAUUCCGCUGGACCUGCUCCUCGCUGUGCCUGUCCCUCCCCCUCCAGGCGUGAACAUCGAGGAGCAUAUCCAGAUCCGGCAGGAGGAGAAGCGGCAGCGGGUGAACCGCAGACAGAGGCUCGAAGAAGGUCGAGGCCCCUUUGUUUUCCCUGGUCCCCUCUUUAUGCACCAGCGAGAGCAGGCGCUAGCCAGGCUAAGACCCCUUCAGGCCCAGCUAAAGCAUAAGCGGGACAAACACAAAGAUGGCAGUAGUGAGCGGGGCGAGAAGGAUGCCAGUAAGAUCACCACGUAUCCACCAGGGGCGGUGCGCUUUGACUGUGAGCUCCGUGCUGUCCAGGUCAGCUGCGGCUUCCACCACUCUGUGGUUCUGAUGGAGAAUGGAGACAUCUACACUUUCGGCUAUGGGCAGCAUGGCCAACUUGGGCACGGGGAUGUCAACUCUAGGGGCUCACCUACUCUGGUCCAGGCUCUUCCAGGCCCGAGUGUCCAAGUUACAGCAGGUAGCAACCACACUGCAGUGCUCCUGAUGGAUGGGCAAGUUUUCACCUUUGGGAGCUUCUCGAAAGGACAGCUGGGCCGUCCGAUUCUAGACAUGCCAUACUGGAAUGCCAAACCAUCACCCAUGCCCAACAUUGGAGCCAAGUAUGGGCGCAAAGCCACAUGGAUUGGAGCCAGCGGGGACCAGACGUUCCUGAGAAUUGACGAAGCUCUCAUCAACUCCCAUGUUCUUGCCACCUCCGAGAUCUUUGCCAGCAGAAACAUCAUUGGCUUGGUACCUACAUCCACCUCAGAGCCCCCGCCCUUUAAAUGCCUUCUGAUUAACAAGACAGAUGGCAGCUGCAGGACCUUCAAUGACUCAGAGCAAGAGGACCUGCAGGGAUUUGGACUAUGUCUAGAUCCAGUGUAUGAUGUCAUCUGGCGGUUCCUGCCGGCCUCGCGGGAGAUCUGGUGCUACAAUGCUGUAAUGGCCGAUGCCCGUAUGCCCACUGCAUCUGACAUCCAGACACGCUGUAGCAUCCUGAGCCCAGAGCUGGCCCUGCCUUCCGGGUCCCAUGCAUCAACUACACGGUCCCACGGAGCCCUACACAUCCUGGGCUGUUUAGACACACUGGCUGCCAUGCAGGAGCUCAAGAUGAGCGUGGCCAGUGGUGAGGAAGAAACGCAGGCAGUCAUGAAGGUCUACUCCAAAGAGGACUACAGUGUGGUCAACCGCUUUGAGAGUCAUGGGGGAGGCUGGGGCUAUUCAGCCCAUUCUGUGGAGGCCAUCCGCUUCUGUGCUGACGCUGACAUCCUGCUUGGAGGGCUGGGCUUGUUCGGGGGCCGUGGAGAAUAUACUGCUAAGAUUAAGCUGUUUGAGCUGGGCCCAGACGGGGCAGACCAUGAGACGGAUGGGGACUUGUUGGCCGAGACUGACGUCCUGGCCUACGACUGCGCUGCCAGGGAGAAGUAUGCCAUGAUGUUCGAGGAACCUGUUCUCCUGCAGCAGGGUUGGUGGUAUGUGGCGUGGGCCCGGGUGUCAGGUCCAAGCAGUGACUGCGGCUCACAUGGCCAGUCCACCAUCACCACGGACGAUGGUGUGGUCUUUCAGUUCAAGAGCUCAAAGAAAUCCAACAAUGGUACUGAUGUGAACGCAGGGCAAAUACCUCAGCUUCUUUAUAGGCUCCCCUCCAAUGAUGGCAAUUCAGCCAAGGGCAAGCAGCAGACCAGUGAGCCUGUCCACAUUUUGAAGCGCUCAUUUGCCCGGACUGUGUCUGUGGAGUGCUUUGAGUCCCUGCUGAGCGUUCUGCACUGGAGCUGGAGUACCCUAGUUCUGGGUGCUGAGGAACUGCGAGGCCUGAAGGGCUUUCAGUACACAGCCACGCUGCUGGACCUCGAGCGCCUGCGCUUUGUGGGAACCAGCUGCUUGCGGUUGCUGCGGGUCUACAUCUGUGAGAUCUUCCCCGUCUCAGCCAGCGCCAAGGCUGUUGUGGAAGAGUCGACAAAACUGGCAGAGAGCGUAGGGAAAACACGUAGCCUACUAAAGAAGAUCCUUUCGGAGGGUGUGGAUAACUGCCCAACCCAGCUGGACAACGACCCACAGGGCUAUCUGAGCCAGCCUCUGGCCUUGCUGGAGGCUGUGCUGCAGGAAUGCCAUGGCACCUUCACAGCCUGCUUCCAUGCCUUUUACCCCACCCCCGCCCUGCAGUGGGCCUGCCUCUGCGAUCUACUCAACUGCCUGGAUCAGGACAUCCAUGAGGCCAACUUCCGCACCUCCAGUAGCCGACUGUUGGCUGCUGUCAUGUCGGCACUGUGCAACACGUCGGUCAAACUCACUUCCAUCCUGCCCAUUGCCUACGAUGGUGAGGUGCUCCUACGCUCAUUGGUCAAGCAAGUCAGCACAGAGAACGACUCCGCCCUCGCUCACCGCUUCCCUCUGUUGGUGGCUCACAUGGAAAAGCUCAGCCAUAGCGAGGAGAACCUGAUGGGUAUGACCAGCUUCCGGGAGGUCCUGGAGAAGAUGCUGGUAAUUGUGGUAUUGCCAGUGAGGAAGAGCCUAAGGAAGGAGGUGGAGCUCUUCUCUCCACACCUGGUGUCCAACACCUGCGGCCUGCUGGCCAGCAUUGUGAGCGAGCUGACUGCUUCUGCACUGGGCACUGAGGUGGAUGGGCUUAACUCCCUGCACUCAGUGAAGUCCACCCCUAACCGGUUCACCAAAACCAGUCAGGGCCGAAGCUGGAACACAGGCAAUGGCUCGCCCGAUGCCAUCUGCUUCUCGGUGGACAAGCCGGGUGUGGUGCUGGUGGGAUUCUGCGUUUACGGUGGGGGCGGCAUCCAUGAGUAUGAGCUGGAGGUGCUUGCCGAUGAUGCACAGACUGAGCCCCCUGGAGACUCCGCCCACUCUCACAGAUGGACGUCCCUGGAACUCGUCAAGGGCACCUACAGCACUGAUGACUCUCCCAGUGACAUUGCUGAAAUCCGGCUAGACAAGGCUGUUCCUUUGAAGGAAAAUGUCAAGUAUGCUGUACGCCUGCGCAACUAUGGCAGCCGCACAGCCAACGGGGAUGGCGGUAUGACCACGGUGCAAUGUUCUGAUGGGGUCACCUUCACCUUCAGCACCUGUAGUCUGAGCAGCAAUGGGACCAACCAGACCCGAGGGCAAAUCCCCCAGAUUCUAUACUACAGGAGUGAGUAUGAUGGGGAUCUGCAGUCACAGUUGCUCAGUAAAGCUAAUGAGGAGGACAAAAACUGCAGUCGGGCCCUGUCAGUUGUCAGCGCUGUGGUGAGGGCUGCCAAAGAUCUGCUGCACAGGGCCUUUGCAGUGGAUGCUGAAGACAUUCCUGAACUGCUGAGUUCUUCCAGUCUCUUUUCAAUGCUGCUUCCCCUCAUCCUGGCCUAUAUCGGCCCAGUUGCAGCCUCUGUUCCCAAGGCUGCUGUUGAGGUCUUUGGGUUAGUCCAGGAGCUGCUUCCUGCUGUCUCGGCUCUGAAUCAGAAAUAUGCACCACCUGCAUUCAAUCCCAACCAGUCGACGGACAGCACCACAGGCAACCAGCUGGAUCAGGGUCUCUCUGCUUGUACCACCUCCAGCCACUAUGCUGUUCUUGAGAGUGAUCAUCCCUAUAAGCAGGCUGCUGUCACGCAGUACAAGGUUUCUUUCCCAGACUGUGUUCGCUGGAUGACGGUGGAGUUUGACCCACUGUGUGGGACUGCACAGCCUGAAGAUGUUCUGCGCCUCCUCAUCCCAAGUCGCUCAAUACACUUCCAUGGUUUUGGGCCUAAGCCAUUGGCCCAUGAAACCAUCAAUGCAUGGACUGAGCUCAAAAAGUUCUCAGGCUCAGCUGGUUGGCCCACUACUGUGCUGGUGCUUCCAGGAAAUGAGGCCCUUUUCUCCUUGGAAACUGCCUCUGAUUAUGUGAAAGAUGAGAAGGCCUGUUUCUAUGGGUUCAAGUGUGUAGCUGUGGGUUAUGAAUUCAACCCUGGGCCAGAUGAGGGGAUAAUUCAGCUGGAGAAGGAGUUGGCUUAUCUGGGGAGUGUUUGUGCUGCUGCACUUAUGAAGAAGGACCUAGCUCUGCCAAUAGGGAAUGAACUAGAAGAAGACCUAGAGAUUCUUGAGGAGGCAUCUCUCCAGGUAUGUAAGGCCCAUGCAGGAAUCCUGGGGAAGGGGCUGGCUUUGUCACACUCCCCCACCAUCCUGGAAGCCCUGGAGGGCAACCUGCCCCUCCAUCUGCAGACAAACGAACAUUCCUUCUUGGAGGAUUUCAUUACCUGUGUGCACAACUCCAGUGGGGGACGUCUAGCCAGGUGGCUGCAGCCUGAUUCCUAUGCUGAUCCACAGAAGACCUCACUCAUUCUGAACAAAGAUGACAUCCGUUGUGGUUGGCCCACAACCGUGGUGGUGCAAACCAAAGACCAAUAUGGAGAUGUGGUGCACGUUCCUAAUAUGAAGGUGGAGGUGAAGGCAGUACCAGUCUCCCAGAAGAAGUCACUUCAGCCAGAGAAUGUGAAAAAGCUGCAGCGCUUUGCAGGAAGUCCUGUCUCCUCAGUCCCUGGAACAGACCUCACCUUUGGAGGACUUCCAGCUCCCAAGCUUGAGGCUACCUAUGAGCCCAUGAUUGUCAAAGAAGCACGCUACAUUGCUAUCACUAUGAUGAAGGCAUAUGAAAACUACUCCUUUGAAGAGCUCAGAUUUGCAUCACCAACUCCAAAAAGACCCAGUGAAAAUAUGCUGAUUCGGGCCAACACAGAUGGUACCUACAGUGCCAACUGGACCCCUGGUGCUGUAGGGCUCUACACUAUCCAUGUCACCAUUGAUGGCAUUGAGAUUGAUGCUGGACUGGAAGUAGAGGUUAAAGACCCACCCAAAGGCAUGAUCCCUCCAGGAACACAGAUGGUGAAACCAAAGGCUGAACCUCAGCCAAGCAAGGUUCGCAAAUUUGUGGCCAAGGACAGCGCAGGGCUGCGAGUGCGUAGUCACCCCUCCCUGCAGAGUGAACAGAUAGGCAUAGUGCAAGUCAAUGGGACCAUCACUUUCAUUGAUGAGAUCCACAAUGACGAUGGUGUGUGGCUCAGGCUGAAUGAUGAGACUGUAAAGAAGUAUGUUCCCAACAUGAAUGGGUACACUGAAGCCUGGUGCCUCUCUUUUAACCAGCACCUGGGCAGGAACCUUCUCGUGCCUGUUGACGAGGCCAGACGGCCCUCAGAGGGGUAUUUUAAGGAGGUCAGUGGCCGCCCCUCCCACGAGGCCCCUGUGCGCAGGCAGGACAGGGCGGGCCUGGGUGGCGGACCGGGCGUUUAUAAGGUAGUGAAGACGGGCCCUUCAGGGCACAACAUCAGAAGCUACCCAAACCUUAGGGGUAUCCCUAUUGGAAUGUUAGUUCUGGGGAACAGAGUCACGGCGGUGGGCGAGGUAACCAACUUGGAAGGAACGUGGGUGCAGCUGGAUAAGAACAGCGUGGCGGAGUUCUGUGAGAGUGAUGAUGGCGAGGCCUGGUCCCUGGCACGGGAUCAAGGGGGGAGCCAGUACCUGCGGCACGAAGAAGAAGCAGCAGUUCUGGAACAUGGCUCACACACACCUCCGCCAAGCCCGUUCUCUGUGCAGGCAUUUAGUCGGGUGACUGCGAGCAAUGGUGCACAGGGGUUUGACUAUGGAAUCUCCAACAACAAAGGUGACCGGCUGAGUGCCAUACUGAAUUCCAUUCAGUCUGGGCCUUUCCUCCCAGCUCCCUCCGUGUUUGAGCAGGCCGCCAAACCUCCCUCUUCCCUUGUCCACAGCCCAUUUGUGUUUGGACAGUCCCUUUCCCAGCAGCCUCAGCCGCAGCCACAGCUUCCGAAUGCUUCGACACGCAGCCUUGCUUCACGUAAGCACGUGCACAAAAGCAGUGCGACCGGGCCUGCCACCGCUCUCUCAUCUCUUGCUCUCAGACAAAAGGGUGAGAGGGGAGUCAUUGCAUCGGCAACCCGCCCCUUGUCUCCUGCUGGAAAGAAUCGGCAAGAGAGCCGAUCCCCAAAGCCCGAGGGACGUGGAAGCAGGACCUCCUGUGAACAGAGCAAAGCCAAGAAUGAGAGCACGUCUGCUGGUGAGGCCAUCAUCCUGAGGUCUGACACAGCUAAACUGAGAUCUGACUCCCACAGCCGAUCCCACUCUCCCAACCACAAUACUCUGCAAGCCCUGAAAGCUGAUGGUCAGACCUCCCCAACCCCGGGGUCCAGGUCUUCCUCUCCCAAACCGAAAGGAGCCUCCACAGGCCGCUCGAGCCCCUCCAACACCCUGUCACCCCAUGACAAGAAUGUUCUUCAGAAAGUCACCCCAUCUUCAAAGGCCCGAUUGGACCCUCCUCGGGAGAGAUCAAAAUCUGACUCGUACACGCUGGACCCAGACACCUUACGAAAGAAGAAGAUACCUCUGACGGAGCCUGUGCGUGGCCGAUCCACCUCACCCAAGCCGAAAGGGCCUCCCAAAGAUGGCAACGGGGAGAAUCAUGCACCCUCUCCUCAUGUAGUUCAGGAAAACCUCCACAGUGAAGUGGUAGAGGUAUGCACCUCAAGUACACCUCUGCCUAGAAAUGAGGAGGGCAGUGAGGAGAGCACAGCGCUCCGUGGUGGUGAAGAGGGCGUCUCCAAAGUGCACUUUAGCAUUGGGAAGGCUCCCGUCAAGGAAGAGCUGGAGACACGUUCCUCACCUAAGGUGAGCCGCAAGACGUCCGGUCGGCACACGCGGCCCAAGAAGGACAAAUCUGGGCCACUUUUCAAAGGGGACAACACACGGCUGGCAGAACCUGCCAAGCAAGCCAUGUCCCCAUCUGUGGCUGAGUGUGCACGUGCUGUGUUUGCUGCUUUCCUGUGGCAUGAAGGCAUCGUCCAUGAUGCCAUGGCUUGCUCGUCCUUCUUGAAGUUCAAUCCAGAACUGACCAAGGAGCAUGCUCCCAUUCGCAGUUCCCUCAGCAGCCAGCAGGCCACAGAUGAAAAAGAAAACAAGCAGAAAAAUCGCCACUCCCUGGAAAUAUCCUCUGCCCUGAAUAUGUUUAACAUCUCACCACAUGGGCCUGAUAUCUCCAAAAUGGGCAGCAUCAACAAAAACAAGGUCCUCUCCAUGCUCAAGGAGCCACCCCUUCCAGAGGACGGCAAGGCAGAGUCUGUGUCUUACGAAAUGUCUGGCCAUUCUGGGACGAGGACCAGAUCCCCACUGCCGCUCACGCUUCAGCACCUGGUGGCUUUCUGGGAAGACAUCUCUAUGGCAACCAUCAAAGCGGCCACGCAGAAUAUGAUCUUCCCCAGCCCUGGCUCUAGUGCUAUCCUAAGGAGAAAGGAGAGUGACAAGGACAGCAAGAAAGCCAAAAAAGAGAAGAAGAAGAAAGAGAGAGCUGAGGUGCGGCCCAGAGGCAACCUGUUUGGGGAGAUGGCCCAACUGGCCAUGGGGGGCCCUGAGAAGGACACAAUAUGUGAGCUAUGUGGAGAAUCACAUCCCUACCCAGUCACCUAUCAUAUGAGGCAGGCCCACCCAGGUUGUGGCCGUUACGCUGGAGGCCAAGGAUACAACAGCAUUGGGCACUUCUGUGGAGGGUGGGCUGGUAACUGUGGAGAUGGUGGAAUUGGUGGGAGCACCUGGUACCUGGUCUGUGACAGAUGCAGAGAGAAGUACCUGAGAGAGAAGCAGACAGCAGCCAGGGAAAAGGUGAAGCAGUCUAGGAAGAAGCCCCUCCAGGUGAAGACUCCUCGGGCAUUACCCAGCAUGGAGGCGCAGCAGGUGAUCCGUGCAAACGCCUUGUUCCUGCUGUCACUGAGCAGUGCCGCUGAGCCCAGCAUGUUGUGCCACCACCCUCCAAAACCCCUGCACAGCCAGCUGCCCAGCCUCAAGGAAGGUGUCAGUGAGGAGAUGCCCAGCAAGAUGGGCUGCCUUUACCUGCAGACACUUGCACGGCAUCACACAGAGAACUUUGCAGCAUACCAGGAUGACAACCUCUUUCAGGAUGAGAUGCGGUAUCUACGGUCCACAUCGGUCCCUGCUCCCUACAUUUCAGUUACCCCAGAUGCCUGUCCCAAUGUGUUUGAGGAGCCUGAAAGCAACAUGAAGUCUAUGCCACCAAGCCUGGAAACGAGCCCCAUCACGGACAGUGACACAGCCAAACGGGCAGUGUUUCAGAGGUCCUACUCAGUCGUUGCCUCGGAGUACGACAAGCAGCACUCCGCCUUGCCGGCACGGGUGAAGGCUGUACCACGACGUAGGGUUCACAGCGGGGAUGCAGAAGUGGGCUCUUCACUGUUGCGGCACCCCUCCCCCGAACUUUCCCGCCUCAUUUCUGCCCAUGGUUCCCUGAGCAAGGGAGAACGGAACUUCCAGUGGCCUGUGCUGGCCUUUGUCAUCCAGCACCAUGACCUGGAGGGGCUGGAGGUAGCAAUGAAGCACGCACUUCGAAAGUCUGCCUGCAGGGUGUUUGCUAUGGAAGCAUUUAAUUGGCUGCUGUGCAACGUGAUACAAACAACCUGUCUGCAUGACAUACUGUGGCACUUUGUGGCAUCUCUUACCCCUUCACCUUUUGAACCAGAAGAAGAUGAUGAGGAAGAGAAUAAGGCUGGUAGAGAGAACACAGAGCAGGAGAAAGACCUUGGCGUUUGUGAGCAUCCACUGUCAGACAUUGUGAUUGCUGGGGAAGCGGCUCACCCUCUUCCCCACACCUUCCAUCGCCUCCUCCAGACCAUAUCUGACCUCAUGAUGUCUUUACCAAGCGGAAGCUCCCUGCAGCAAAUGGCUCUCCGGUGUUGGAGUCUGAAAUUCAAACAGUCAGAUCAUCAGUUCCUGCACCAGAGCAAUGUCUUUCAUCACAUCAACAACAUACUCUCCAAGUCAGACGAUGGGGACAGUGAGGAGAGCUUCAACAUUAGUGUACAGUCUGGUUAUGAAGCUAUUAACCAGGAGUUGUGUGUGGUCACUUGCAUGAAAGACCUUACCAGUGUUGUGGACAUCAAGACCUCUAGUCGGCCGGCCAUGAUCGGCAGUCUGACCGAUGGUUCUACAGAGACUUUCUGGGAGUCAGGAGAUGAGGACAAGAACAAAACAAAGAGCAUCACCAUCAGCUGUGUGAAGGGCAUCAACGCAUCCUCUGUCUCUGUGCACGUGGACAACUCUCGAGACAUCGGGAACAAAGUAACAUCAAUGACGUUCCUGUGUGGGAAGACGGUUGAAGACCUCUGCAGGAUUAGACAGAUGGACCUGGACUCACGGCACAUGGGCUGGGUAACCAGUGAGCUCCCUGGGGGAGACUGCCACAUCAUCAAGAUUGAGCUCAAGGGUCCAGAAAACACAUUGCGGGUGCGACAGGUCAAGGUUUUGGGUUGGAAGGAUGGGGAGAGUGUCAAGAUCGCCGGGCAAAUCUCAGCCAGUGUGGCCCAGCAGAGGAACUGUGAGGCUGAGACGCUGCGGGUGUUUCGCCUCAUCACAUCACAGGUGUUUGGGAAACUGAUCUGUGGAGAUGCAGAGCCAACCCCAGAACAGGAAGAGAAGAAUUUGCUGUCUUCCCCAGAGGGAGAAGACAAGGCUCCAUCUGAUGCAGAUUUGAAAGAACACAUGGUGGGAAUAAUAUUUAGCAGGAGUAAGCUCACCAAUCUGCAGAAACAGGUAUGCGCCCACAUUGUCCAGGCCAUCCGCACCGAGGCGACACGUGUGCGUGAGGAAUGGGAGCAUGCCAUCUCCAGCAAGGAGAAUGCCAACUCGCAGCCCAGUGACGAAGACGCCUCCUCAGAUGCCUACUGCUUUGAGCUCCUUUCUAUGGUUCUGGCUCUGAGUGGCUCCAAUGUGGGUCGCCAGUACUUAGCCCAGCAGCUAACCCUGCUACAAGACCUCUUCUCCCUGUUGCACACUGCCUCGCCCCGUGUGCAGAGACAGGUCACCUCUCUACUCAGGCGUGUGCUUCCCGAAGUGACCCCCACCCGCCUGGCCAGUGUCAUUGGGGUGAAGGCCCUGCCGCCUGCAGACAUCAGCGACAUCAUUCACUCCACAGAAAAAGGCGACUGGACCAAACUGGGCAUCUUGGAUAUGUUCCUUGGAUGCAUUGCCAAGGCACUCACUGUGCAGCUUAAGGCCAAGGGUACCGCCAUCGUGAGCACUGCUGGUACUACAGCUGGCAAGGGAGUUACAACUGUCACCCUCCCAAUGAUCUUCAACUCCAGCUAUGUCAGACGAGGGGAGAGCCACUGGUGGAUGAAGGGCUCCACGCCGCCCCAGAUCGCAGAGAUCAUCAUCAAACUGGUCAAAGACAUGGCUGCAGGACACCUGUCAGAGGCCUGGUCUCGAGUGACCAAGAAUGCGAUAGCGGAGACUAUUAUUGCCCUCACUAAGAUGGAGGAGGAGCAUCGAUUCCCAAUGCGCUGCAUAGCAACCACAAGGCUGUGGCUGUCGUUGGCAUCUCUGUGUGUGCUGGACCAGGAUCAUGUGGACAGGCUGUCCUCUGGCCGCUGGAUGGGCAAGGAUGGCCAGCAGAAGCAGAUGCCCAUGUGUGAUAACCAUGAUGAUGGGGAGACAGCUGCCAUCAUCCUGUGCAACAUGUGUGGGAACCUCUGCACAGACUGUGACCGCUUCCUCCACCUGCAUCGCCGCACACGGUCCCAUCAGAGACAGGUUUUUAAAGAGGAAGAGGAAGCCAUUAAGGUUGACCUUCAUGAAGGCUGUGGGAGGACCAAACUGUUUUGGCUGAUGGCUCUGGCUGAUUCCAAGACCAUGAAGGCUAUGGUGGAGUUCCGUGAACAUACAGGCAAGCCAGCCUCCAGCAGCUCAGAGGCGUGCCGCUUUUGUGGCACCAGGAAUAGCACAGAGCUGUCGGCAGUGGGCAGCGUGUGCUCUGACCCUGACUGCCAGGAGUAUGCCAAGCUAGCAUGUAGCAGGACGCACCCGUGUGGACACCUUUGCGGCGGAGUGAAGAACGAGGAACAGUGCUUACCUUGCUUGCACGGUUGCGAUAAGAGUGCUGCCAGCCUGAAGCAGGACGCAGAUGACAUGUGCAUGAUCUGUUUCACAGAGGCGCUGUCGGCUGCGCCCGCUGUCCAGCUGGACUGCAGUCAUGUGUUUCACCUCCAGUGCACCCGUCGAGUUCUGGAGAACCGCUGGCUCGGGCCCAGGAUCACAUUUGGGUUCAUGUCCUGUCCCAUUUGCAAGAACAAAAUUAACCAUUCUGUUAUCAAAGACCUGUUGGAUCCGAUUAAAGAGCUUUAUGAGGAUGUCAGACGGAAAGCUUUAAUGAGGCUGGAGUAUGAAGGACUACACAAGAGCGAGGCCAUAACCACCCAUGGGGCACGCUUCUACAACGACCCUGCUGGCUUUGCCAUGAACAGAUAUGCAUAUUAUGUCUGCUACAAGUGCAAAAAGGCCUACUUUGGGGGCGAGGCACGAUGCGACGCAGAGGCAGGGCAGGGGGACGACUACGACCCCAGAGAGCUGAUCUGUGGAGCAUGCUCAGAUGUCUCCAGGGCACAGAUGUGCUCCAAGCAUGGCACAGACUUCCUGGAGUACAAGUGCCGCUACUGCUGCUCGGUGGCAGUGUUCUUCUGUUUUGGGACAACACACUUUUGCAACGCCUGCCACGACGACUUCCAGAGAAUGACAAGCGUCCCCAAAGAGGAGCUGCCCCACUGUCCAGCUGGUCCUAAAGGGAAGCAGCUGGAAGGCACUGAAUGUCCCCUGCAUGUGGUCCAUCCACCAACAGGAGAGGAGUUUGCGCUUGGCUGUGGAGUGUGCCGAAACGCCCAUACAUUCUAGGCCACUGGCAGCUACCACCUUCUGGCUCAUGACUGCAGAUGACGUGGUUACACCUCCCCAAGGGGACACCUUGGUGUUUGAUAAGAACUAGGACAGGGUCUAGCUCCUCAGCACCAGAGCCUUUGUAUAUUCUGAUCCGUGAAGAAAAGAGAAUAAAUGAAAGUCAAAGUCAAGGAGCCUUGUAACUUAAUUGCAUGCUGCCGAUGUACCCCUCGGCUCCCAUAAAGGUUGUACAACUCCUGGCCACUGAAGUGUAAUAAUGCAUUUUCGGAGGUGAAUAUGAAAGAAACUGCUAAUACCAAUUAUUGCUGAACACUGGGGGAAAAACCCAAGACAUUUCUGUACUUCCUACUUCUGCAUUAGGAGUACAAAAAUAUAUUGUUUUAAGUAUACUGACUUUUUUUGUAAUUCUGUACAGUAUACCCCUCUGUCUAAUGGUGUGAUUUAAAAGAGACUGUUAAGAAUGUUAUGUUUGGAAGACCAAUGUAUGAUUUAUCUAAUCUUGUAUAUAAUGAUGGUAUACAAAAUAGGUGUAUUCCAAGUUGCUACUUUACACUUCAGUUUUGUUUGAUAUUCUGGGUUAUGUUUUGAGCCUGACCUUUUAAUGAAGUGCAAUACUGGGUGUGCCUCCUAUCUUGCAGCUGUAAACAAUGGAAUGUAAAUGUCAAUAAAGCCACUGUACAUUUUUAUACAGUGAUACAUGAUGUUGUGUUCUCCCCAUGUAAAGUGUCAGAUUACUUCUGUACUCAAAAUUGUCUGCGGUGUCUAAAAACUGUAUAUCAUGGCCUAUUUUCAACUUUUCGCUAUGUUGCGUGGUACAAGCCCUUUUCCUGUACUUUUAAAAUGACACAAAUGGUCAGUAUACUAUACAUUGUGUCGUAGGGACUGAAAACUAUUUUGGGCCAGUCUUCUCACCAAAAAUGAAAUUGUGGAUUGAGACUGCUUUACUUGUAUUAUGCAUAAUAUAUUGGAUGAAAUAUGAAUAGGAGACAAGCAUAAGGGUUCAGGAGUCGGCAGAGGACAAGUUCAUGUGGGUUGUGAAAAUAAAUACAGCUGCUGUUAAAUGAUUAAUACUUGUAAAUUUGCUCUGUAUUAUCUUCUGAAUGGAGUGAGAUGGUAAUAAACCAGGUUCUCUGUUUGGCAAGG